CGGUACAUGCCGGCUGACGCAACGCGCACUUCAACUCCCAGCACCCCCUGCGCGUCAUGCGUGUUACGCAGUGACGUUGGAACGUCCGUUUAUCAGCUCCAGGAUUUAAAAGUGAUGUUGCGUAGUGUUGACCCCUAAAUGAACUGGGACACUCAUUUCAGUUCCAUCCUGUCAGCAGCAGAUGGCAGUGUGGCCAAGAUGCGGGAGCGCCUGACCGCAUCGGCAAAGGCUGCAGAAGUUGUGUUCCCACCAAGUGAUGCAUCGCGUGGCGUCAAUUUGGGGGCCCCGUGUCUGUCACGUGCCCCCCUUGCUCCCGGUCCAGCGGUACAGUGGAGUGACAUUGCUGCUCUUCAUGCCCAGUUUCAGAGUCAGAGCCAGGCCAUCGAGUCCCUUACGCAGGCCCUGCAUUCCAUGGAACGGGAGCGCGACUCCCAGCAGCGCCAGCUGCAGGCUCUGCAAGAGGAGCUACAGAAAUUGCGUGAGUGUGGGGCGGGGAAGGUUUGGCCCCGUCUGGGAGAGGAGCAGUGGAAAAGGGAGGUGGGCAGGGAGCUGAGCAGCUUGAGAGGGCGGAUGGACAUGGCAGCGUCGCUCGGCAGCCAGGAGGAGAGCUUCGGUUCCAGACUGCAGAGGGAGGAGAUGGAACGGCUGCGGAGGGAGGUGGACCAGCUUAAACAACAGCUAAGGAGGCAGGAGCAGGAUCUGUCUGACCAGCAGGCCGAGAGCCGGGAUGCCAGGAGGCAUUACGAGCGCAACUGCAAGACCCUGGAGAGUCUGGCGGACAACUACAGGUCACACACCUUGGACCUCAGCAGGACCAUGUCUGAGUACCAGCAUGCACAUCAGGAUGUUCAGCAGCUCAAGUUAGCUGUGUCGGAGCUGAGGGGUUGGAUCCUGGGGGAAGGCCGUGACCCCCCCGCGUGUACAGCACGCAGAGCAGACCAGAAAUUCCCAGGAAGGCCUCCCAGUGGGUACAGGGAAAGACCGGCGUUAGAUUCGGAGGAGGAGUCUAGCCCUACGCCCAGCCUGGGAGACGUGAGCUCAGACGAGCUGUCCUGGUCCGAGGACCUGGAAACAGCACCCCGCCGGAAACACCCUGGCAGUUUCCCGCUGUCAGAAAGCCAAAGCUCUGAAACAGGAAGUGGCCCAGAGGAACCGCCUGCAAGGAGUGACGAGCUGGAGGAGGAGCUGCUGUCAGAGCUCAGCGUCAGUGAUCUCUGACACGGACCUGCAGGCAAUUCCGCAGUAUUUAGAAGAUUAAUCCAGGAUGCUGUGGGAGUGCAGGUGGCAGGGUGUGUGACCAAGCCCAGGCUACUUCAGGCAGAACUCUUUCCAGUUAAAGCAUCCUGGUGAAAUGAUAGAAGUUAUGGGCUGUGAGGCACAGCAUCCAGACCUUCAUACGACUGAGUGAUUACUCACUCUCCUUAUCUUCAGGAUAUUAUAUAAAUGAAUUAGUUACAAUCACCCAUUUUUUUUUUUAUGUUUCCAUCACAUAAAAAAAUCAAACUGAAAA